ACCUCUCGAACCAUCGAUGUAACCUAAAGCGCAAGCGUAUUAUCCACAGGGGAACAGUCCAUCAUGGCCAAAGUAAUUUUAUCGGGAACAUCUAGUUGACGAUGAAACGACUAGAGAUCUUACAUCGAACUUAGCUUUUAAGCCGCAGAUCGGAUCGUGUCGCGACGUUCGUCGUGUUCAUGAUUGGGAUGUUGAAUCGUCCAUGGUAAAGGGAACACAUAUAGAAAGAGUAAUCAUUGAUGUUAUAACAUAACACGAUUCAGUAAGGAAUACUUAAUGUAACUCGAUAAAUUUCAUCCUAAUAAAUAAAUUUACGAAAGCGAAUGAUUUGUAAAGAUGAGUGGCGGAGAACGCAACAGAAGCAUUUUCAGUUAUGAAACGUUGGUUCACGCGAUAUCCGGCGCUGCUGGCGGCGUUGUUGCAAUGACAAUAUUCUUUCCUUUAGAUACAGUACGAAGCAGAUUACAAUUGGAAGAAGACCGAGAAUCGAAAAGUACACUUGCUACAAUCCGUGAUCUCGCCGCAAAGGAAGGACCAGCCACCUUGUACAGGGGAAUGGUACCGGUUCUUCAAAGUCUAUGUGUUAGCAACUUCGUUUAUUUCUACACAUUCCACGGCUUGAAAAUGCUCAGAGCAAGCAAGAAUCAAUCAGCUGGAAAUGAUCUACUGGUUGCAUCAAUUGCAGGUAUGGUAUUUAACAAAAAUCACUUGAAGAGUUUUUGCUUAAAAAUCGUUGUUCUAGGUGUAAUUAAUGUUUUAACAACGACACCACUGUGGGUAGUAAAUACUAGACUGAAAAUGAGAGGCAUCGAUAACACUCAGGAAAGAAAUAACCUUUACAAUACCUUAUAUGAUGGUCUUAUAUAUAUAUGGAAAUACGAAGGUUUAAAAAAGCUUUGGGCUGGGACUGUGCCGAGCUUGAUGCUAGUUAUGAAUCCAGCCAUUCAGUUUAUGACUUAUGAAACUAUUAAAAGGAAAGUUCUCGCAUCUCUACAUGGUGUACCACCUGCAUGGACAUUCUUUGUUAUUGGUGCUAUAGCCAAAGCGGUUGCAACCAUACUAACUUAUCCAUUGCAAUUAGUUCAAACCAAACUGAGACAUGGUCAUAAGUAUCCAAACCUGCCACCAAACGCUGGGAGCUUAGAAAUCCUAUUUUAUAUAUUAAAGAAACAAGGAAUAGGAGGACUAUACAAAGGAAUGGAAGCGAAAUUAUUGCAAACCAUUCUCACAGCGGCAUUAAUGUUUUUAUCUUACGAAAAGAUUUCAAGACUCGUUUUUCGCAUUCUUUUGCAUAGACCGAUGUUAAGAUAACAAAUUUGGAGCAAUAUUUAUUAGUCAGCAAACUUAAUAUUGUUCUCCAUGUAAAGUCCUCUUUUAUUGUAAUGGAAUAAUGGUAUAAAAUACAUAUAUGUAACUUAUAUUGUAAAAAAAUAUUGAAAAUGCUUUCUUAUUUAAUAUAAUUUUCAUAGCAAUUAGAAAUAAAAGAGAAAGGAGUAUUUAAGGUACU